GGGGACCAAAGCGGACCUGAAAGUCAACCUCUGUUGAUUACGUGUAUUAUUGUGGGACUGUCGUAGAUGUUUUAUUUCCUCAAAAUCGGCCGAAUAAGGUGCAGUGGUCACGAACUGAGGAAACGCAGGAGUGAGGAAUAAAAGUAGUGUCCAAGAUGAAGAUUGCAGUUCUCGGAGCGACGGGUCAGACGGGACAGGAGCUCGUGCAUCAGGCUCUACAGCAGGGACACACAGUCACAGCAAUCGUCAGAAACCCUGCAAAACUCACUGUUACACAUGACAACCUGAAGGUGGUUGAAGGAGACGUUUUUGCUGAAGACAGUCUGAAACCUCACUUCAAAGGUCAGGAUGCGGUCUUCUCCUGUCUUGGCUUUCCAAUUUCAUUUUUCUAUGGAGUCACUGGCUACACGCAGUCCAUGACGGCAGCCAUAAACGCCAUGCGCGAAGUCAAAGUUAAUCGUAUCAUCACCAUGACAUCGUGGUACACUGACCCUAAUUCGGGCACCAAUGCUUCUUAUCUUAUCCGCUUCAUGUUGCUGCCCAUGAUAAGAAGUGUUCUGAGCAACAUGAAUGAAAUGGAAAGCUUUCUGAAGCAGACGGAUGACAUCAACUGGACUGUUGUCAGGCCCCCUGGUCUCAAGAAUAUACCCACAACAGCCAAUGAGUUUUUAACUCAUGAAGGUUACUAUGUUCCCGAUGAAAAUGGUCUUCCUAUCGGGCAGUCGGUGUCAAGAGGAGAUGUGGCGCGCUUCAUGCUUUCUCUUCUCAACAACAAUGCUUGGAUGAAGAAGGCUGUUGCUAUCAUCACCAAAUAAAUUUGCACUACACUUAUGGAGGUAUCAUUUUAUAUACAUAGCCCUUGCCAAAGAAGAGCUCCUGGUGGUUUAUAGUUCACCCAAAAAUGAAAAUUCUGUCAUCAUUUACUCACCCUCAGAUUUGCUGAACAAAGUAAUCAAACAGAUCUCAUCCCCCAUUGGUUCCCAUAAUAUUUAAUUUCUCUACUGUGGCAGUAAAUGAGAUCUGUUUGGUUACGGAUAUUCUUAAAUAUCUUACUUUGUGGUCAUCAGAACAAAGAAAUGUAUACUAACAAUCUGAGGGUGAGUAAUGACGACAGAAUUUUCAUUUUUGGGUGAACUGUCCCUUUAACUGGCCUUUCCUUUUACUGACAUAUAUUACGACUGCUAACCUUAUAUCAUCAGACUAGAUGAAUGCCCAAGUAAUUUGCCAUAUGAACUGAUUUGUGCUUCUUUUUAAAUAGGGACUUUUAUUUUGUAAUACUGAUAGCUGUCAUCACGAAUGUUCAGAUAAUACGGUGAAAUUAGGAGUCCGUAAACCUGAAAAUAGCACAUUGAUGUAGUAUUUAAUAAUAACUGUAUAAACAUGUAUUCAAAAGCAAAUUAAUACAUAUAUGAAAAUAAAAACACCAAUACUUAAAUACAAAAUAAACGCUAACACUAUUAUAUACUGCCUUUGCUCUUUUCAUCAUUUUGAGGCAGUCCUACACAUUUAAAUGUAUUGUUUGUUUCUUUUUCAAUUCUAACAUAAAUGAGGUAUGAUAUUGGAUUAGAUUUUCCACACAUUCUAUGUCUGGAUGUUCUUGGGAACUUAUUGUGGAUACAUUUCACUACUUUAUAUGUUUUAUUAUUUGACAUCUUUGUCUAAGACUUUUAUUGUAAAAUUAUGAAGGUCUAUAAUAAAAAGAUUGCCUUUAUAUAACCUGUUUUAAAAUAUAUUGUGUGAUCAGUUUGUUCACAAUUUACGUCUUUCCCUCACAGUUAUGAUGUCAUAUUGUGCCACCAAUAAAGUUGAAAAAAAAUA